CCUCCCCUGCAUAGCUCCUGCAAGUGCGCUUUUAUUUUAUUUGGCUCUGGGUUCUGCAAGUUUUUGUUUGAUCGGAGUUUUUAGGGCAUUCAUUAUUGAUCCUAACAUUCAUACUUAAUUACUGAUAUCAUAUCCCAUCAUCCUUGCUUGAUCUAUGUGAAUGGAUUCUCAUUUAUAUAGCUAAAUGUUAAGAGCCGAAUCCAUUGGAAUGAUCCAUAGAAUGUAUAGGAUAUAGGUCAACAAAUGAAUAAGUAAGAAAGAGGCCAUCGCAGGUUAACGUUUUUCAGUUGUCUGCUUAUGUUCAUGGAUAACUAUGCAAUUACAUUUGGGGUUGAAAAUAUCGAUGAUUUAAGGAAAUACCCAUUUGAUGAUUGGGUCGAAUAACUAUAAAAUUUAUUGAAGAGAUGACUUCUGACAACCUUCCUCUUCUAACAGACUUGUCGACGUCUGCUGAUGGUAAUGUUGCAGAGCUUCAGAGGCUCAAUUUUCAUUCGAAGACCUCCAGCCAUCAUUUGAGGGACCUUCAUGUUCUGAGCUUUACGUUUCUCUUUGUAUUCUUGGCUUACUCUGCAGCUCAGAAUUUGCAAAGUUCAUUACAUUUUGUGAGGAAUUUUCUUUUUCUCUUUAAAUUUUGCUUGAAAAUUGCUUAAUAAUUUUUUUGACAAAAGGUGUGUGGCAAUUUUGGUGUGAGAGAAUUAUCUUGUGCUGUUGAAAAAUGUAGCGGGUUAUUAUUUGAUCAUGAAAAUUAACGGAUUGCCCUUUGUCCAAAAGAAAAUUAGUAGGCUAGUAUUUUUUGGUGAUAAUUUGAUCUGUUAUUGUUGUUUUGGUGUAGAGCUUCACGAUUUUGGUUUGCAGGAUGGAAACUUAGGAACUAUGUCAUUGGGUAUUCUUUAUACAUCAUUCACUGUAUGCUCAUUUAUAGAAGCACCUGUAGCUAGAAGGCUCGGUUCGAAGAAUUCACUUGUUCUUGGGACUUCAGGCUACUGGUUAUUCAUUGCAGCCAAUCUGUAUCCACUAUGGAAGGCACAAGUAACUCAGGCACUACAUUGUCGUUUGCAGUAUUUCUUGGAAGCAUGAUCUUAGGAACCAUUUUAGCAUUCUUUUUAAGUAAACAAAGGAGGUCAAAAGCAGGGCUUGGCAUACACCAUCAAAAUUCUUCACAAUCUUCUUUCAAAAAUCUACUAAAGGUGACCUUUUCUCUUCUACUUGACAAAAGGAUGCUAUUAUUAAUCCCUCUGCUUGCAUACUCAGUCCUUGAACAAGAAUUUGUAUGGGCCGAGUUUACAAAAUUUAUAGUCAAACCUGCAAUUGGCGUAGCAGGAGUUGGAGGUGCUAUGGCCAUUUUUGGAGCAGCUGAUGCUAUUGUAAGUGGGCCACGUUUACCCCACAAAAAACAUGGUUGUGAAAAUAUGUUGUGGUAUUGUUUUCAAUAUUCAAAACCAUUUGACAAAGGGCAAACACCAUGAGCAUUUUUAGUGUAUUUUCUGCAUUUAACCUUCAUCAUAUUGAACUUGCCUUUUUGG